UGGGUUCCUUCACCAAACCACCACACUCACUUUCUUCUUCUUCCUUUGAGACUUGGCUCACUUUUGGUCUGUUGUUUCGUUGAGUUCAUGGCUGACAUAGCUCGUGUCACUCUUGGCCUUACUCGCCCUGGCCCAAGCAAUGCCCCUAAGGUAAAUUUUGCUGCAAAAGACAUUAAUGUCUUGGAAUGGAGUGGAGACUUGGUUGCUGUGGGUGUGAUAGAGAAAGAUAUGGAGAGGGAUGAAGAGGGCCACUUCAAGAAUCCCCUUUUGCACAGGUUGAAUGAAGCCUUGGGUGGAUUGUUGGGUGAGGCUUCUUCAGAGGAAGAGUUCUCUGGAAAGUCUGCCCAAUCCAUUGUUCUAAGAGUUUCUGGCUUGAGAUUUAAGAGGGUUGGUUUAUUUGGCCUUGGCCAAUCAGCUUCUAGAGCUGUAGCCUUUGUUGGUCUAGGUGAGGCCAUUGCAGCAGCAGCACAGGCAUCUCGAGCAGCUUCACUUGCUGUCGGUCUUGCCUUCUCCGAGGACCUGUCGGAUGAAUCCAAGCCUGACAUUGCCUCUGCCAUUGCAGUUGGGAUUGUAAAUGGGAUAUUUGACGACAACCGAUACAAAUCAGACCCCAAAAUGACUCUACUCCAAUCUGUGGAUGUUCUUGGUCUUGGAUUUGGACCUAAUAUGGAGAAAAAGUUAGAAUAUGCAGAAUAUGUCAGUUCUGGGGUGGUUUUUGUAAAAGAACUUGUAAAUUCACCUGCAAAUGUACUUACCCCAGGGGAAUUGGCAGAAGAGGUUUCAAAGAUUGCCGAGAAGUACAACGAUGUUCUUUCAGCAAACAUUUUCAAAGAAGAAAAAAUCAUAGAAUUGAAGAUGGGUUCUUACCUUGGUGUCACUGCAGCAGCCACUGCAAAUCCUGCUCAUUUUAUCCACCUGUGUUACAAACCUCCCGGUGGAUCUGUAUCAACCAAAUUGGGUUUAGUUGGUAAAGGAAUUACCUUUGACAGUGGUGGCUACAACCUUAAAACAGGACCCAACAGUAGCAUUGAAACAAUGAAGAAUGAUAUGGGAGGGGCAGCAGCAAUUUUUGGAGCAGCAAAAGCCAUUGCUCAACUUAAACCUCCUGGGGUAGAGAUUCAUUUUGUUGUUCCUGCUUGUGAGAACAUGAUAAGUGCAACUGGCAUGAGACCAAGUGAUAUCGUCACAGCUUCAAAUGGAAAGACAAUUGAGGUUAACAACACAGAUGCUGAAGGAAGACUUUGCCUUGCUGAUGCUUUGAUAUACACUUGUAACCUGGGUGUUGAAAAGAUUAUAGACCUGGCUACUCUAACUGGUGCUUGUAUAACAGCUCUUGGGCCUUCAGUUGCAGGUGCCUUUACACAAAAUGAAGAGCUAGCAAAAGAGGUAAUUGAUGCUGCAGAGAGGAGUGGUGAGAAGAUAUGGAGGUUGCCAAUGGAGGAAAGCUAUUGGGAGUUUAUGAAAUCAGGCGUCGCUGAUAUGAUCAACACUGGUCCUGGUCAAGGCGGUGCUAUCACAGGCGCUCUGUUUCUGAAGCAGUUUGUUGCUGACAAUGUCCAAUGGAUGCACCUAGACAUUGCUGGUCCCGUUUGGAAUGCCAGGAAGAGUAUUGCAACUGGAUUCGGUGUUUCCACACUUGUGGAGUGGGUUCUAAAGAAUGCUUCUUAAGAGGUUCAGGCAUGGCAAGGACCUCAACAAUAAAUAAACAACUCUAAGGUGGAUGCUAAGAGUUUUCAAGGGUUGCAGCAUUGAGAAAUCAAUCUAAAUAAAAGUUACGUUAAGCAUUAGUAAUAUCAAUAAAGCCUCUUGUUAAGGAUUCUUGGCAAUUCUUAGUGUUUUAGACUUUUCUAUCAAGCGUUUCCUUGGUGUAUGUAUACACCUUCCCCUAAAUCUAUUUCCUCAUUUGCUAUCACAAUAUGCUUCACUGAGAACAACUGAAAGAAUACAUGAUGGUAAUAUAAAGUAAAAAUAAGAAGCAAGAAAAGCUAGCCAACAAAACACAAAAUUACAGAUUAGACUCCAACUCUCUUUUGAGAGAUGGAUGAUGAGUAAUGUAACAAUCCAAGUCCACCGCUAGAAGAUAUUGUAUUCUUUGAACUUUUCCUUUCCAACCGACGUGAGAUGUCACAAUCCACCCCCUUGGGGACCCACCCAGCACCCUCACUGACACACCUGCCGAUACUCUAAUACCAUUAGUAACCAUCUAAGCCCACCCUUGGCAAAUACUGUUUCUUCUCUUUAGAUUUUUUCUUUCGAACCCAUGUGAUAUCUCAUUCCAAAUUACAAAAUCUUAUAAAAGAUCCAGGAAAUGAAGAUCACGGUGAUAAAUGUCACCUUUAGGGAAAGGAAUGACUGAAGAUCACCUUUAGUCUACAAGCAACAAAACAAAGGGGGAACAAAUGAUAAAUGGAGAACAGUGUGCAGGAAGAACCUGUCAAUGGAAGACUUUCCAAUGGAAAAAUUGAUGAGAUCUUUGUCCCUAAUAAGUUCAUUUUCUCUGUUUCUUCUCCUACCCCUCUUCUCCCUCCUCUGUCUCUCAAGAUCACUCUUGCCGGCAUAGUCAUUUGUAUUAAUUACUCGUUUGACAAAGUAAUGACGAACGUAAAUGAGCACAAGUCAUAUCUGAUUCCUUUGAUUGAUUUAAUGGUUCCAAAAAAAGACAAAUAUAGGGAAUUCCUUCCAUUAGGGAACUGCAGUGUUUGGCUAAAGAAACCAUACUGCAGUGUUUAGCUGGAAAAGACAGAGUAAGCAACAUUGACAACCCAAAGACCAAAACCAAUAGACACUAGGACAGUUACUCGAGGUGAGUAGUACAGUACAGCAAGCAAAAUAUAUAAAAUCUGACAACUCACCUUUAUAUUUGGACAUACAUUAAUCAAAUAGUAAUUUGAUGUGACAACAUUGCUUUUGCAGGUAAUUGAAAGUGUUUGUUCAUUGACGAGACACCUACCUCAUAUAUUUUAUAACCCCAGAUCACUAGUAUCAUUUCAAGUACCUACCUCUCCAUGGCUCCUCCGUGUUGAAAUAUCAAACUCAAACAUAACGUAAGAUGUAAAAACAGAGAUUUGAGAGCAAGCUUCACCACUCCCGUGCGUGGUGUUGACAUGUUUGGUCACUGACUCGCUCUCCCAGUCCCUGAGCGAUCUCGCCAUGGAUCAAGAAUUUACGUAUCCCAGACACGAUUGACGACAAUGGAAGAGUUGAUGAUUGGUUGUUUGUCAAAGGAUUGUGGUUUUCGGUUGCAGAAGGUUACGCCAUGUAUUUACUCCAUCCCUCAGUGAUGCUUUGUUUUGAAUACAAGGGGGCAUGAGGUCUUAUUUAUAGAUUUUUUUUAGUUCCUCCUCCCCAUACUUUCCGAUGUGGGAUUUAGGAUUCU